GCACCACCAUAAAAGGACGCCUGCUCGAUCACUCUUAAAGCAACAUGCCCAGCUUAGCUACCUCCAGUCUGGGCAAACACGGACUGCCACAACGGAGGCCCUAGACACCUUCUGAUAUGUUUUAUUUGUAUACUGUGAGGACUCGCCUGUUAACACGCACACCACAGGCAGAGAGCCCAGUGCCAGUGAGCAUCCCUCUUCUCUGUCAGAAGUUAAGAGAGACCCAGCCAUCUAGCACCAGGCACAGAGACUGUGACCACUGCUGGAUACAGAAAUGGCUAACAAUCUCACUGCCCCACUGGCAACUUCUCACGGCAACAACUGUGAUCUCUAUGCACACCACAGCACAGCCAGGAUAUUGAUGCCUCUGCAUUAUAGCCUGGUCUUCAUCAUUGGUCUGGUGGGAAACCUGCUGGCCUUGGUUGUCAUUGUUCAAAACAGAAAAAAAAUCAACUCAACCACUCUCUAUUCAAUGAACUUGGUGAUUUCUGACAUCCUGUUUACCACAGCUUUACCCACUCGGAUAGCCUACUAUGCGCUGGGCUUUGAUUGGAAGAUAGGUGAUGCCCUGUGCCGGAUAACUGCUCUGGUUUUCUACAUCAACACAUACGCAGGUGUGAACUUCAUGACUUGCUUGAGCAUAGACCGAUUCUUCGCCGUGGUGCACCCUCUGCGCUACAACAAGAUAAAAAGAAUCGAAUAUGCAAAGGGUGUUUGCCUGUCUGUCUGGAUUCUUGUCUUUGCUCAAACACUGCCACUGCUCCUCAACCCUAUGUCUAAGGGGGAGGGAGACAAGACUACUUGCAUGGAAUAUCCAAACUUUGAAGGGACAGCGAAUCUGCCGUGGAUUCUGCUCGGAGCCUGUCUGCUGGGCUACGUGCUGCCUAUCACAGUCAUUCUCCUGUGCUACUCUAAGAUCUGCUACAAACUCUUCAGGACUGCCAAGCAGAACCCACUCACUGAGAAAUCUGGUGUGAACAAAAAGGCUCUCAACACAAUUAUCCUCAUCAUCGUCGUGUUCAUCCUGUGCUUCACGCCCUACCACGUGGCCAUCAUUCAGCACAUGAUAAAGAUAAUCUGCUCCCUUGGACCCCUAGAGUGCGGGGCGAAACAUUCCUUCCAGAUCUCUCUGCACUUCACAGUGUGCCUGAUGAACUUCAACUGUUGCAUGGACCCUUUCAUAUACUUCUUUGCAUGUAAAGGGUACAAGAGAAAGGUCAUGAAGAUGCUCAAACGUCAAGUGAGUGUAUCAAUCUCCAGUGCAGUGAGGUCAGCCCCUGAAGAGAAUUCGCGGGAAAUGACAGAGUCUCAGAUGAUGAUCCACUCCAAGGCCUCCAAUGGAAGGUAAAGGCAAUUGGGACUUCACAGCACAGCAAGCUGCAGGAUGGGCUCUGCCCAUUGACUGUUCCACUCCCAACCAGGAUGCCUUCCAGUUGUCCUCUCUGGGCAUGAUCUCCCACUGCUGCCCCACCAGCCAAUGCACUGAGAUCCAGACCAGAUGGAGGAAACAAAAAAGCAGGUUCAACUUCAUAAAUGAAAUAUAAUGUAUAUAAAGGAAGGCUAUCAAAAUAAGUCUCAAUGUUAAAAAGAAAAAGAAAAUGCUCUGUGAAAUUACUAUUUCUUGUCAAUAGUUUGGCAAAAGAAAUAAGACUAACUGCACUGUAUACUGCCAGUGUAAAAAUGUUAAUACUGUAAUAUAUGGAACAUAUUUCUUAAUUUACACCUCUUCUAAUUUUAGAUAUCGUCUCCUUAGUAUUGUUUUUGUUUUGCUCUGAGACAAAUGUUUUAAGAAACAUUUUGUGAGAUAAAG